UGCUCAACUCUAACUGAGUCCCAUACACAAAACGAACAGCGCAUUAAACAAUUCAGACAUUUCCACGAUUGAUAGACAUAUGUGUGAUAUGGUAAUGGUGACAAGUGUGUGACUUAACUAAAGCCCAUCUUGCAGACAAAAACGACAUCAACAGCACUGCAACGCCAAUCUGUCAAUCUCAUCAAUAUUAAAAAAGCAAGUUCGAAAGUUUUGCAACCCGCAUUGGAGAAAUCGGCAAAUAUGGUCCGACUAUUCACAUUGAGUGUCUUUUACAAGGGCGCCAGCGAAGCGCGCCUACUGAAGACAGCAUCCGACUUGCAGUCCUUCUCGUUUUUUCAACGUGGCACGGUCAAUGAGUUCAUGACUUUCGCCUCGAAGACAAUUGUGGAACGCACACAGCCGGCGCUGAGGCAGUCGGUAAAACAGGAUGCCUACAUGUGCCAUGUGUAUGUGAGAGCUGAUAAUUUGUCUGGCGUUCUUAUCGCUGAUCACGAGUAUCCACAUCGUGUGGCACACACGUUAAUUACAAAAAUACUGGAUGACUUCACAGCCAAGGUGCCCGCCGAGCAGUGGGCCACCGGUACCGAGGCGACCAUAAAUUUUGAUUCAUUGCCAGCAUUUCUGGCCAAAUACCAAGAUCCCAAAGAGGCCGAUCCCCUAACGAAAAUGCAAAACGAUUUGGAUGAAACGAAAAUCAUACUGAAGGACACAAUUGCGUCCGUUCUGGAACGUGGCGAGAAGCUGGAGGACAUGGUCACCAAAUCGGAGCAGCUAUCUAUGCAAAGCAAGGCAUUUUAUAAGACGGCGAAAAAGACUAAUUCGUGUUGCAGUUUCGCCUAAACGAGUUUAACGGAGGCACUGGAACGCAAAACAGGAACACAAACACCGCUAACAUAAACAACAACAACAAAACACCAACGUGCAACUAACAAGAUCAACACAGUCAGGAUACAAACGGCGAUAAAGCACGGAUUGCUAAUGGCACAGGCUUAGAAUUUGUAUGCUUUUUUAUAAAAUAAUUAGUUAAUUUUAUAUAUAAUAUAUUAUACUAUACUGUACAUAUAUACCUAGUUGGAAAGGAACCGAUUUAAAGCCCUUCAUUCGCGCUGCUGUCACGAGUAAUAUAUAAAUAACUAUAUAUGUCCAUUCUCCUUCAAUGCGUCACACACUUGCUGACAAAAUUAUAAUACCACCUGCAGUAGGAAUGAAAACGCUGUACAAAUUAAAAAGCGACUCAAUCUCACUGCAAAUAGUCCAUUCUACAUUUAAGAGCCUGAUUCCUCUGCAAGGAUGCUAACAAACAUUUGAACAAUGAAUUCGGAGAGAGAUUCAGUCAACACUACUCUUCGAAUUUGGAGCUUCCUAAUUCAUGAAUUGCAUAUAUUACAUCGAAUUGCUCAAAAUGUAAUUGUUUUGAAUGCUUAAUUCUAUUGAAGAGAAACUUGACAAUUUUCGACUGGGUAUAUACAAAAUACAUACAAACACUAGUACCUAUAUUUAAUGUGCGAAUGUGCCCCAACUCAUCUGUCUGUGGCUGUGUCUGUCUCUAUCCGUGUGCGCGUGUGGGAGUGUUUUAAAGUUUAACCUGGCAUCUUGUUGUUUGCAUGUCUAGGCUAAUGGUACAGAUAAUGUUAUUCAUAUGCAAUUAUACCAAUAUACAUAAUUAUGAUAAUAUAUACAUGUGUGAAUGUUUCAAACUUAACGCUUUGUGUGUCUAUCUCCUUCGCUUAUUUUGUCUCUCUCUCUCUCUCUCUCUCUCUCUCUCUCUCUCUCUAUCUCGAGAUCUAUCUAUAUUUCAUUUUGAUAGCUUUUGUCUUCUAAUCUGAUGCCAAUUUAAUAUUAUAUAUAUCUAAUAUGUAUAUAUGUAUGAUUCACACAAGUUACAAGCGACUUCAUACUGCCAAAUACUCAGCAGGCGACUUCGGGGAACUACAAAUAAAAAGUAUUAUGCUAAAUGUGAUUUGAA